AUGUUCCCCGCCUCCCUGGUGCGGGGCUGCGGGCGGCUGCGGGCCCCGCUGGGGCGGUGGCUGCUGGCGGGGUCAUGCGUCAGGUGGCGGCCGCAGCCCCGCGGCGGGCAGCGGGCUGUGAGCCCCGCUGGGCUCCGUCCGGGAGCUGCCAUCUGCACGCGGGCGGGGGGGCUGAGAGCCGGGAAACCCGGCGGGGACGACAAGCACGUGUCGGUGCGGACAGAUCAGAAAGAAGAAACCCUUCUGUCCACUGUUGAGCGAGUGAAAGAAGCUGGAAGAGACUUUACCUACUUGAUUGUGGUGCUUGUUGGAAUUGGUGUUACAGGUGGUUUGUUCUAUGUGAUUUUUAAAGAGCUAUUCUCUUCUUCCAGUCCAAGUAAGAUCUACGGAAAUGCCUUAGAGAAAUGCAGAUCUCAUCCUGAGGUAAUUGGUGUUUUUGGUGAACCCAUUAAAGGUUAUGGAGAGGCAACACGAAGAGGAAGACGACAGUUUGUCAGUCACAUUGAAUACGUGAAGGAUGGACUGAAACAUAUGCGCUUGAAGUUCUAUAUUGAGGGCUCUGAACCAGGAAAGCAGGGAACAGUCCAUGUAGAAGUCAAAGAGAAUCCCGAGAGAGGAAGAUUUGAUGUCCGUUACAUAUUUGUGGAUGUUGAUUCCUAUCCUAGAAGAACCAUUGUCAUAGAAGACAACAGAUAGCCAACGAUCAAAGUUGCUGCCUCAUCUUAUGAAGUAUUUAAUGAUACUGGUGUAGCCAGUCUACACAUGAAUUGUUUAGUGUUCUCGAUUAUACCUUUGGGGCUUUCUAUCUAUGCAGCUUGGGGUUUUGUAACAGGAAGUAACCUCUCAGGGCCUCCAUUAAAGUUCGUAACAGACCCAGCAUUUGAGGAUAAACCAAUGAAAAACAGUGCAGCCAUUUCUUAGCGAAAUACUUAUGACAUAGGAAAAUGCCUCUCAAUAAACUGUUUAAUGCUGGACAGUUUCUACACCCAAUAACUGAGGGCUAGGUGGGGAUUUUAUCUUCCUUUGCUUGGAUUUUCUACUAGCUCUACAAUAAAGAAAGUUAUAUUUUAA